AUGGAUAUUGCGUCUCAAGUUGAGGUUGAAAACGAACUACGUACAUACGGUUUGGAGAGAUUAAGAAACGAGAAGACAGAGAUUAACAAGCAGUUGAAGCAACUACAAGACAAAAUAGGAGAUUUAGCUUUUGACAAUUAUCGAACAUACGUAGACGCUGGGAAGACUGCCGAAGAUUGUACUGAUAUAUUCACCGAAAUUAGCGAAAAACUGCGAGAAGUCUCUACUGAUGUUCCUCUUCUGCAAAAUGAAAUCAAAGAGUUUUAUACCAGAUCAAAGAGCAACGACGAUGAGCUUAGAUUGAUAAAAUCUGCCUCAGAUAGAAAUAGUCCGCUCUGGGAGAUAUUAUCAUUGCCUUCGAGAAUGGACUUGUGUAUACGUUCAGGUUAUUAUGACGCUGCUUACUCCCUUACUAAUUAUGGAAUGCUUAUGCACCAGCACUCAAUGGUUUCAAAUCCAUUACUCAAAAGAGUAGCUGAUCGAUUAGUAGAUGCCCGAUCACUUCUGCUCGAAGAACUGUUUAACAAGUUUUCAGGUCCGUUAGACUUGGCAACAUCUCUCCAGGUAGUCAACAACGUUAGGAAGAUGCCUUACCUAACCCCUACUCAACUGAGAGUCUCUAUCUUACAUCACAAGGAUCUUUACUUGGAAAAGCAGCUUAUUGAUAUUGCUACUCAUCCUGACUAUGCACUUAUGGCUAUAGAUGUGUACAGAACAUGCAUGCACGAUACUUUGGUUCUUUACCUUUCCGUUUUCCCGGAAAAUGAGGCUGUUAGAAAAGAUCCUUCCAUUGAUCCUAGGUGGGAAGCUUGGCCUACUAGUGCUCCUUCAGCUAUUCUCGGUCAAUGGGCUAAUAGAAAUAUUCAGAGGCUUUUGGAUUUAGUACAUAGAGCCGAUAUGAAGAGUGGAGUUGAUAUGGCAUCUAUUUGGACGAAAAUGAUGUCUGUUGCUUCAACAUUCGGGCGAUUAGGUUUAGACUUCCGUCCACUUAUCAUACAAUCGCUAUCUGGUCUUGUACUAGAUAGAUUCCGUGCCUUAGUUAAGAAGGCUACAGCUAGAUUAACAAACGAAGUCACUUCUCUAGUUGUAAUUUCUGGCGAUAUCGGUCCCCUGCCUCCACAAGAAACUCAAGAUGCUGUACCUAUACCUGCUCCUGAAAUUUCUCUGUGGGAUGAUUUGUGUGUGUAUGGAAAUGAUCUUUUGAAUGCUUUGAAUGGAAUGCGUUAUUCGCACUCUCCACUCCUGGUUUCUUCCGUGGUUACUAUUUUGAAGGAUUCGUUGAAACUUGUUUUGUCAUGGCUCGCAGAUUUGCAAGAAAGUCCAAAUUUCCCGAAAGCGAAGAAAAUAUUUUGCCUAUCCUUUCUUCCAUUCCUAUCACAAACUAUACAGUACAUGUUUCCGUAUUCUGUAGUAUCGAGAAUGUUUGGAUCCACUCUGAGUUUAAAGCAAUAUAAUUUGUUCACAGAGUUCUCAGUUAAAGAGCUGGCUGCUGAAAUAGUCGUUUUCGAUGAUUGUGACAUUAUAGAAAACAGACAGGUUACUGUGGAACUAGUUGACAUUAAAGUGAACGAACAAGUAACAAUGGAGAGAACUGAAGCACCUACGAUAAGAGUAAAUGAAGAACAAAACGUUACUGCAGCGGAACUUCACGAGAAUGGAACAGCUGAAGAACAUGGAGUCAAGCAUGAAAAUGAAAAGAACUUAAUUAUGGAGGACUCAGAACGAGAGUUUCCGGAAAAUGAAAAAAUUAACGAAAUUGUUCCGGACGCAUCAGCGGAGUUCUCUAACGAUUGGGAUUAG